AUGCACCUGCGGGUGGGACCGAUGGUGACCUUGGGAAUGCCUCACUCUCUGCACAUGCCACCUCAUGAUUCAGAUGGCACGAUAUUCGAGAUUUCGCAGUAUAUUUUCAUAAACGAAGCUACUCACAAGUGUACUGAAAUCUCUUCGACAGCCCACAACCGAUUUUGCCCUUCUUGGGGCUCAUCAGAUAGACGCAGUCGCCGAGUUUCCUUCAACUACUUGAACCCAAAUUGGACUGUUUUCGAGAAACACACUCAUUUGCAAAUCAAUUUGGUUUUCACGGCAGACUCAACUGAACCUCUCGUUUAUAAUAUUCUACAACUGAAUGUGCUGGGUUUAAGUAGAACAUAA